AAAAAUGUCAAAGAGAAAUUUGUAAACAAAGUAGGUAAAUGGAAACGUGUCGCUGUUUUUAUUUACCUAUAUUUGGCCUCAUUUAAAAUGAAUUUCGAAGAAACCGUGAAAAAAGUACUAACAAAUUCUUUAAAAAUGGUAAAAAUGUAUGAAUGGCUAUUGGAUCUCUAUGUAUUGGACUUCUUUGUUGACGAUCACUGGAGUAAACUACCAAAAUCAUGGCAGAAAGUGUUUGAAAAUAUGGAUGCCUCAAGCCUUGGAGCAAUAAUAUCUGGAAAACACACAAAUCACAUGUUACCCCUGUCGUUUCUUGCUCUAGUGAGAGCAAUUGAGGCCUAUAGUCUGUCACGGAAAAGGCUGUUUGACCCGGAAAGUAAGAUUCCGAUUUCCAAUUAUCUUGGACAUCCAAAGUUAAAGAAUUUGUUUUUGAAACAUGUUAAGCUUAAGAAGAGACAUGAGAUUAGUUUAAUGGCAGAUAUAGUGAAGUUGACAGCUUUAGAUGCUGAUUGUAAUGCUGUGGUUGACUUUGGCUCAGGCUUGGGGCAUCUGGUGCGGAUGCUGGCAUACAAACAUGAGUUCCAUGCUGCAGGCAUAGAGUGUCAGACUCAGUUGACUGAAGAGGCGAGAAAAUUGGAUCUUGAAUUAGAAUAUACAGUGAAAAAGCAUUUGAAUGCAGACAGCAUAUCCAAACUUCACCAGCCAACCCAUUACAACAUCACAUUGUCUUCUAUCAAUCAACUGGAUGAACUAUCACUACCAGAGACAAUGGAAAACUUUGGUUUAGUGGGUCUUCAUCCUUGUGGAGAUUUGGGACCAUUAUUACUUAAAUAUUUUGUGAACUCCAGCAAAGUCAAGUACAUAUGUGUUGUUGGCUGUUGUUAUAUGAAGCUGAGUUGUGGUGGGGGAAACACAGGGUAUCCAAUGAGUUCAUAUUUGGCAGCUCUUGAUAAUGGACUGUCUUUUGUGAGCAGAGAGAUUGCUUGCCAUGCCAUCGAGGUUUACUGUGAGAGGUUGGUGAAAGGAGACUAUCAGGAUUUGAAGGUACAUGCUUACAGAGCAGCUCUCGAAAGAAUAUUAGUGGACAAUGACCCCAAAUUGAAACAUGCUCCAGUGAGGAGUAUCAAGCAUACAAAUAGCUUGACUUUUCACCGAUAUUGUGCUCUCGCCACAGAGAGAUUGAACAUAACUUUGCCCAAGUGUGAACGAGCGUGGGCUCAGGGCGAAGACGACCUUCAGAAGUGGCGACGCGUGGUCACAGUGUACACACUUCGACUGGCACUCGCGCCUUUAGUCGAGACUGUGGUAUUACUGGACCGAGUCCUGUUUGUGUUGGAGCAUGUAAGUUUCAGAGUUAAGCAGGUGACGAAUGGACAGACUUUACAAAGCUAUGGGUUCCUUGUUUAGUUCGGAACCCUGAAACGGUAACUAAUACAGGUCAGGCAGUUUUACUCGUAUCCUAACAUAUUAUAAAAAAAAAGUCCCCUGCCACGUCUGUCUGUCUGUACGCAGUUAACUCAAAAACCACCGGACGUAUUUUUUUAUAUAGAGGGUUUCCCGAGGAAAUUUUAGGUGUAUUAUAAAACACAACAUUUGCGACCAAUUGAUCGAGUGUCUUUAAUGAAAGGAAAAAAAUAAAUACAUAUAUUAACAUUAAAUACUUUACACAUAUACAUUUGUACAACAUACAGUUUUACAUUGACUUUUAAUUGAACUCAAUGAACAUUUAAUUGUUUGGCUAUUUGACGGCUGUGAAUCAAUUUAUUUAUUAGACAAUGAACAGUCUACAAUAAGAAAUAAUAAACUAUGCAGGAACAGGAUGUUUUGCAUAUUCAUAAAUUACAAAAAAAAAAGUAGGCUCACAAUUCGUAGAAAAUUGUGAUUUAUUUUUAUCAAUAAAUAAAAAAACCCAUUGUCCCUGACAUGUCCCAUUAAAUCAUGUUUAUGAAGUUAAUGAGUUUCUCUACAAUUACUUCAAUCUAUAUAUUUUCUCUCAUUGUCAAAUAGCCCAUAAACCUACCUCAAUAUUAGUCUUACAUUUUGGCACCUAUAAAUGUGAGGUGAUAUAAAUUGGCACAUAUAGCCGAAGUAUGAGAUCGUUUAUUAAGAAUCACAAGAAUGUAAUAUGACUAGAAUAUAUAACAAUUAUAAGUUGAAUAAUACCUGUUAUUUAUAUUUCAGGUCUGUCAUGCACAAUACAUCCAGUGUUUGAUCCUAAAAUUUCUCCCCGGAAUCAUAUAAUUAUCGCCAGGAGAAAGUGAUUUUAUUAUUUAAAAAAAUGUAAACAUGAAAAAAAAAGCCG